AUGAACGACACGGGCAUCUUCUGCAAAAACCGCCAAACGGAGAAUUUGACUGACUUGUCAUGUCGGAAUUCAACUCCCUCGUCCUACAACCACAUCGACAUCACCACUUUCAUGCACAUCUUCCCCUCGAUCUACGGCAUCCUGUGUUCAGUGGGAGUGAUAGCCAACGGACUGGUCAUCUACGCGGUGAAAGCAUGCAAGAAGAAAAUGGUAUCGGACAUCUACGUGCUGAACUUGGCGAUAGCCGACAUGCUGUUCUUGCUUGUGAUGCCUUUCAACAUCCACCAGCUGGUCAGAGACAGACAGUGGGUUUUCGGAAACUUUAUGUGCAAAGCGGUGGUGGUGGUGGAUGUCAGCAACCAGUUCACCACGGUGGGGAUUGUUACUGUGCUGUGCAUUGAUCGGUACAUAGCUGUUGUCCACCCCACCUCAGAGAAGAGGACCAUCCAGUGGACCAUCAUCAUCAACUUGCUGGUGUGGCUGGGCAGCUUCCUCCUCACAGUCCCCGUCAUGCUGUACGCCAAGGUUGUGCGCAGACAGCAUUUGGAGGUGUGCAUGAUGUACCUGGACGGGCCUGAGGACAUGUACUGGUACACACUCUACCAGUCCAUCCUGGGCUUCAUCAUCCCCCUCAUCAUCAUCAGCACCUUCUACUCACUCACCCUCUACCACGUCUUCAGCUCCAUCCGUCGCGUCAAACGUAAGCAGUCCGUUUGGGCUAAAAGAGCCACCAAGAUGGUCCUAAUGGUUAUCGCCCUGUUCCUGAUCUGCUGGUCGCCCUACCACGUCAUUCAGGUGGUCAACCUGACCAACAACACCCCGACCAUUGCAUUCAUCUAUGCCUACAACAUCAGUAUCUGCCUCAGCUACUCCCACAGCUGCAUCAACCCGCUGAUGUUGCUCAUCUUUGCCCAGAAUUACCGCGAGCGUCUUUGCUCCAGGAACGCACUGCACAGCUCCCAGCACUCAUCCAAGGUCACGGUGGUCAAAACGGAUGGUUCCAGUGUGACCAGUGAUCCCAACUACCGCUGUACUGUCAUCUAA